GACCACAUUACAAAAAUCCAAUAUGGAUGUUACUAAGGUUUGUACAAGUUUAGAAGCAGCAUCUUCGUUCGAAAUAUCGUUAUUUAUCGAUUAUAACACCUGUGAUGCUUCGAAGAACAAUAUAUUGGAGAUACCGAAUGAUACGUUGCUUCGACUGCAGUACCUAAAUAUAAUUAUACUGGACUUUAACAACCUUACAUCCUUGCCUAAGUUUCCAAAAGGAAUCAGGGUCAUAUCGGCUAAUUACAACAGUAUACAAUCAAUUGAUGGAGCUUUUGAUGACCUAUCUGCUCUUGUUAGGGUGGGCCUAGAUGGUAAUAAUGUGACAUUCAUCAAUAACAGAACCUUUAAAGACACAAUGGAUUUAAGGGAGUUAAAAAUUUCGAGCAACAAGAUCAAGUAUAUACAACCUAACACCUUUAAAACAAUUAAAAAUUUAACUAGCAUCUGGAUAAGAAGUAACAACUUGGAUACGAUAGAGAAAAACACGUUUGCAUUGCAUGGUUCCAUCAGUUGUUCAUUAUAUGUGGACCACAUCGGCAUUAAGGAAAUUAAAACAGGAAGUUUCAGAAAUAUUGGAUUCAUGUCUAAGGUAUCUUUAGGUUUCAACUCAAUUAAGCACCUUCCACCGAGGUUUAUUAACUCAAGUUAUUUACUCCAGUUAUAUUUAUCGUGCAAUAAAUUGCAGCAUAUUGACCCUGAGGCAUUUGCUGAGGUGGGAAAGAUAAUGGUGUUGAGAUUGGAUAAUAACUUAAUUAAAGAAAUUCCACUGGCUGUAUAUAAUCUCAACGUAACGGGUUUGUUAAUCAUAAGCAUGAACUUUAUUGACCUGAGCUCAUAUGCCAACAGAAGCGUAUUGGCCCACUCGCCGCAAAAACUCAUUAUAGCAAAAAAUGAAAUACAAUCAAUUUCAAGAAAUCAUUUUAAUGGAUUGCAAUCUCUGGAACAGAUACUUAUUUACCUGAAUAGGAUAUCAUAUAUAGAAGAUAGAUCUUUCAGUGGAACCAGUCUCACGUAUUUAUAUAUCUAUGGAAAUAAUCUCCAGAAAAUUACAAGUGAAAUGUUCAAAGUAGACAUUGGUUCACUUCAAUAUCUUUAUCUAUUUAAUAAUCCGAUUGAAGACAUGGAACAAGGCACAUUGUCUUAUCUGGCACCGAAAUCAACAGUGUAUCUGGACUGUGGAAAUCUCGAGUAUAUCCCGUCGAAGAUAGCAGAACACACAAAUGCAAUAUGUGUCACUAAUAAGACUGUACUCGAUUUCAAAGUUGAUUAUUUUUCAAGACUAUAUUUAUUUGGAAUGACGUGCACUGGCCCAACAUGCCAGCCUUGCGGUCUUGGUUCAUACGGGAAGCUUUCAGGAUCAGGUUGUUACACUUGUCCAGCAGGUGGUUUCUACCAAGACAAUCGUGGAUAUGUCGAAAAUGGUAAUUACACAACCGAUUGUAAACGAUGUAUAAAUGGAACAUUUUCACCACGUCCUGGAGGUACCUCAAUAUUCGCUUGUCAGUCAUGUCCACCGGGAACCAAUACAGAUGAAAUGGCAGAACUUGAUGCAUGUCCAUGUCUAAAUAACUUCUAUCGCACUUACCGUUACGGCGCAUGUAAGUCGUGCCCUGAAGGCGUCGACUGCACCGGUGGUUACCAAACAUUGAGCAAGGGCUACGGGUGGUCGUGGAAUUUUACACGUUAUCCCAAUCGUUUAGAUGAGUACAGACGAUUUGUCCAUAACUUUACUACUUCCAAUUUCAAUCUUUCUGAACCUAAUACUUUAAACGACACAGUGUACACUGGAGAUUUCCCGGUGGCCCACAAGUGUCCACGAAGUGAGAGUUGCCUUGGUGGAAUCGAAGCAAAGUGCUCGGAAGGUUAUUCUGUUAAUGUUUGGCUAUGUGCUGAGUGUAGUGACCAUUAUUACGAAUUAUUCGACAAGUGUUACGAAUGUCAGGAUAAACAAAUAAUAAUAAUUGUUAUGAUAUUGGUAAUUUUUCUGCUCUUAUGUGUUUCGUACUUCGUGUGGAGACUGGAUAAAAGAAGAGGCGAGACAAUACGCAACGACUCUUUCGUGAUUCAUCUCAAAAUUGCCAUCAAUUUCUAUCAGGUGCUGGGCAUUCUGUCUGAAGUUAAUGAAAUACAUUGGCCAGAUUCGUUUAAAUCUGUUGGAGAGAGUGUCCAAUAUCUCGAUGUAAUACGUUAUGUCAAUAUUCUUAGCCCAAGGUGUAUUUUUCCUGGAGUUUGGAAUGCUUAUACAUUUUUGUAUAUUGCCAUUGCAACACCAUUCACUAUUAUUGUGUCAACAUCUAUCAUCUUCCUCAUCUGGCAUCUUUACAAAAGAAACAAAGAGGAUCACUCUGUGCAUCGCUUAACAGACACAUUCUUGGCGAUUACAAUGAUGUUGCUGUAUUUAACCUAUGCCAACACUUGCUUAAACAUAUUGGCGGUCGGACCGUGGUCAGUUCGUACGUUUAAUGUUACAGAGGAUGGUGAUAAAAAACGAGUGUUAACUUCUGACUACUCUAUCGAUAUCGAUGAAUCUAAUGGUUCAAAAUACGAGACUAACAAGAACAUCGUUUAUGGAUCGUUGGUGUAUGUUAUUGGUUUUCCACUUGCUAUUAUUCUGAUAUUGUACCGUAUGUACAAACGUCAUGGUGAACGAUCUGGUACCAUGGGAAUGAGGAUCUUCUGCAAGCAAUAUAGUUCCAAGUUUUGGUACUGGGAGGUAAUUGAUAUGUACAACAAGGCUAUACUCGCCCUCAUCGCUAACUUCAAGGACGACCAGCCCUCCAACAUGUCAUAUUCCCUCUUCAUCACGGUCAUCCUCAUCUGUCUCUUAUACACAUCUAGAUGUGUAUAA